UCAAAUGUUUUUUUUCUGCAUUGGAUGUUAUGUUCAUAUGAUUUUUCUUUACCCUGUUAACAUGGUGUAUUACACUGAUGGACUUUCAAAUUCUGAACCAGCCUCCAUCCCUAGAAUAAACCUCAUUUGGCCACGGUAUAUAAUUACUUUCAUAGAUUGCUGAAUUCUAUUGUUAAUAUUUGCUUAAGAAUUUGUGUAUAUUUCUUUGAUGGCUAAUGAUGUUGGGCAUCUUUUCAUGGCUUAGAAGCCAUUCGUAUAUCUUCUUUGGAGAAGUAUCUAUUCAGAUUCCUUUUAAAUCAGGUUGUCUUUUUGUCAUUGAGUUGCAACAGUUCUUUUUAUAUUCCAGAUACAAAUCCUUUGUCAGAUAUAUUAUUUGCAAAAAAUUCUCCAAUUCUGUGAGUCAUCUUUUCAUUUUCCUGAUUGUGUCCUUUGAUGCACAAAAAGUCUUUUUUAGACCCUAGAAGCAACUUCUCAGCUCUUUCUCGAACCUCGGUCAGGUUCAGCCUACUCGCCUCCACUCCAGCCUCCACCAUGUCCAGCAGGGUGACCCAGAAGUCUUACAAGGUGUCCACCUCCGACCCCCGGGCCUUCAGCAGCCACCCCUUCACUAAUGCACCUGACGUCCACAUCAGCUCUGCCCUGUCCCAGGUGGGCAGGGGAAGCAGCUUCAGGGGUGGCCUGGGCAGCAGCAUGAGUGUGAUUGGGGGCUACGCAGGGCUGGGGGGUAUGGGGGGCAUCACGGCUGUCUCAGUGAACCAGAGCCUGCUGAACCCCCUUAAGCUGGAGGUGGACCCCAACAUCCAGGCUGUGCAUACCCAGGAGAAGGAACAGAUUAAGAGCGUCAACAACAAGUUUGCCUCCUUCAUCGACAAGGUGCAGCAUCUGGAGCAGCAGAACAAGAUUCUGGAGACCAAGUGGAGCCUCCUAGAGCAGCAGAACACUGCUCGGAGCAACAUCAACAAGAUGUUCAAGAGUUACAUCAACAACCUUCAGCGGCAGCUGGACACCCUGGGCCAGGAGAAGUUGAAGCUGGAGGUGGAGGUUGGCAACAUGCAGAGCCUGGUGAAGGACUUCAAGAAUAAGUAUGAGGAGAUCAAAGAAUGUGCAGACAUGGGGAAUGAAUUUGUCCUCACCAAGAAGGGUGUGGAUGAAGCUUACAUGAAUAAGGUGGAGCUGGAGUCCCACUUGGAAGGGCUGACCGACGAGAUCAACUUCUUAAGGCAGCUGUACUUCUGGGACACGUCUGUGGUGCUGUCCGUGGACAACAGCCACUCCCUGGACCUCGAUGGCAUCAUUGUUGAGGUUAAGGCCCAGUACAAGGAAAUUGCCAACCGCAGCCGGGCCGAGGCUGAGACCAUGUACCAGAUCAAGUAUGAGGAGUUGCAGACAUUGGCUGGGAAGCACGGGGAUGACCUCCAUCACACGAAGACGGAGAUUUCCGACGUGAACCAGAACAUCAGCCAACUCCAUGCUGAGAUCAAGGGCCUCAAAAACCAGAGGGCUUUCCUGGAAGCCACCAUAGCUGAUGCUGAGCAGCGUGGGGAGCUGGCCGUUAAGGAUGCCCAUGCUCAGGUGGCUGAGCUAGAAGCCUCCCUGCAGCAAGCCAAGCAGGACAUGGCCCAGCAGCUGCGGGAGUACCAGGAGCUCAUGAACAUCAAGCUGGCUCUGAACAUUGAGAUCACCAUCUGCCACAAGCUGCUAGAAGGUGAGGAGAGCAGGCUGGAGUCUGGGAUACAGACCAUGAGUAUCCACACUAAGACCACUAGCGGCUACUCAGGUGGGCUGGGCUCAGCCUAUGGGAGCCUCAAGAGCCCUGGUCUCUGCUAUGGCCUGAGUACCUUCCAGUCCAGCUUCGGUCCUGGCAGGGGCUCCACUUCCCUCAGCUGUGUCAGUUCCUCCAAGGCUGUGGUGGUAUAGAAGAUUGAGAUCCGUGACGGGAAGCUGGUGUCCGAGUCGUCUGAUGUCCUAUCCAAGUGAACAACCAGCCUGCGGGGGGAAGGAGCCAUGCAGGGCAGCGUUGGGAACAGGAGGCCCACCUAAUACUCAGCCCAUCCUCAGCCUAUCCUUAGGGGGAGUCCACUGCCCUGGGUACCCCUCUUGCCCAUGCCCCCAACUAAAAGCCAAUUCAAGUGUCUUUUCCCAAAUAAAGCCUCAGAUGGCUCUGCCAAUCCC